GAAGCCAGAGAGCCAGGGAGUCUCUGCCCCCUGCCAAGCUCUCUAGGACUGCAGCUUUCUGCUGGAGGAGGGAUUUUAGUGCUUGGCUUCAAAUCCUUUGUGCCCAGUUCCACGACUGGUGCUGAAGCACAUCUCCACGUAGAGCUGUAAAGCGACACCCAUUUACAGCUGCAAUGCCUGAUCAGUGGAGAUCGGAUGAGUUGGUUUUCUUUGUGAACGGGAGGAAGGUGAUAGAGAGGGAUGCGGACCCAGAGGUCACCCUGCUGACCUUCCUACGGAAGAACUUGGGCCUCACGGGAACCAAGGACGCCUGUGGAAGAGGAGGCUGCGGCGCCUGUACUGUGAUGGUGUCUAGGUGUGACCCUGUGUCCAAGGAGAUAAGACACUUCUCCAUCACUGCGUGCCUGGUGCCCAUCUGCUCUCUGUAUGGAGCUGCCGUCACCACUGUGGAAGGUGUGGGAAGCAUCAAAACCAAGCUGCACCCUGUGCAGGAGAGGAUCGCCAAGAGCCACGGCACCCAGUGUGGGUUCUGCACCCCCGGGAUGGUGAUGUCCAUGUACACGCUGCUCAGGAACCACCCACAGCCCUCAGAGGAGCAGCUCAUGGAAGCCCUGGGGGGUAAUCUGUGCCGCUGCACAGGGUACCGGCCGAUCCUCGACGGUGGGAAGACCUUCUGCACGGAAUCAAAUGGCUGUCAACAGAAUGGAACGGGAAAAUGCUGCUUGGAUCAGAGGGAAGAAGAUUCUUCUUCGCGUGGCAGGAAUAGUGAGAUUUCCACAGAGUUAUUUACAAAAGACGGGUUCCAGCCCUUGGACCCUACCCAGGAGCUCAUAUUUCCCCCAGCACUCUUGAGAAUGGCAGAGAACCCAGAGAAGAGAACCCUGACCUUUCAUGGAGAGAGGGUGACCUGGAUCUCCCCUGGGACCCUCAAGGAUCUCCUGGAGCUGAAAGCGAAAUACCCUGAAGCCCCCCUCGUCCUCGGCAACACCUCCCUGGGACCUGCAAUGAGAUCUCAAGGACAUUUUCACCCAGUUCUCCUCUCUCCUGCUAGGAUUUCUGAGCUGAGUAUUGUGUCUACAACAAGUGAGGGGCUGACAAUUGGUGCAGGCUGCAGUCUGGCCCAGGUGAAGCACAUCUUGGCUGAGAGGGUCUCUGAGCUCCCAGAGGAGAAAGCUGAGACAUACCAAACCCUCCUGAAGCACCUGCAGAGCCUGGCAGGCCAGCAGAUCCGGAAUCUGGCGUCCUUAGGGGGACAUGUCAUGAGUCGGCAUUGCUAUUCGGACCUGAAUCCAAUUCUGGCUGUGGGCAACGCUACCCUCAAUCUGAUAUCAAAAGAAGGCACGCGGCAGAUUCCUCUAAACGAACAUUUUCUUGCUGGGUUGCCAAGGGCAGACCUGAAGCCCGAGGAAAUUUUGCAAUCUGUGUAUAUCCCUCACUCUCGAAAGUGGGAAUUUGUGUCAGCCUUCCGGCAGGCUCAGUGCCAGCAGAACGCCUUGGCCGAUGUGAAUGCUGGCAUGCGAGUCCUCUUUAAGGAAGGCACAGACACCGUCGAGGACCUGAGCAUCACCUAUGGCGGCGUCGGGGCGGCCACCGUCGGUGCUCACAGAACCUGCCAGCAGCUGCAAGGGAGGUGCUGGAAUGAGCAGAUGCUAGAGGAGGCUUGCAGGCUGCUUCUGGACGAGGUCUCCCUCCCAGGCUCAGCUCCAGGGGGCAGGGUGGAGUUCAAGAGGACUCUGGUGGUCAGCUUCUUCUUCAAGUUCUACCUAGAAGUUCUGCAGAAACUGAAGAAGCUGGACUACCUUGGUUCUCCUGAAGUUUCAGAGCUAUUCCUAAGUGCUCUGGAAGAUUUCCCGGUCACAGUACCCCAGGGAGUCCAAACGUACCAGAGGGUGGCUCCCUGCCAGCCCCUCCAGGACCCGGUGGGACGCCCCAUCAUGCACCUCUCAGGCCUUAAACACGCCACAGGGGAAGCCAUGUUCUGCGGUGACAUCCCCAGGCUGGACAGAGAACUUGCCAUGGCUUUGGUGACCAGUGCCAGAGCCCGUGCAAAAAUCAUAUCAAUUGAUUUUUCCAAGGCCCUUGAACUACCCGGGGUAGUUGAUGUGAUAACAGCUAAAGACAUUCCAGGCACCAAUGGUGCUGAAGACAGCAAAAUCUUGGCUGUAGAUGAGGUGCUGUGCGUGGGCCACAUCAUCUGUGCUGUGGUCGCAGAGACAGACGUGCAGGCGAAGCGUGCAAUUGAAAAGGUAAAGAUCACCUAUGAGGAUCUGGAGCCCAUAAUCUUCACCAUAGAGGAUGCCAUAAAACACAACUCAUUCUUAUGCCCUGAAAAAAAACUUGAACAAGGAAAUAUUGAGGAGGCAUUUGGAAAAGUUGACCAAAUUAUUGAAGGAGAGGUCCACAUUGGAGGACAGGAGCAUUUUUACAUGGAAACACAAAGAGUGCUUGUUAUUCCAAAGAGAGGGGACCAAGAACUGGAUAUUCAUGUGUCAACGCAGGAUCCAGCCCACGUGCAGAAAACCGUAUCUUCUACGUUAAACAUCCCAAUCAACAAGAUCACCUGCCAUGUGAAACAAGUGGGUGGAGGUUUUGGCGGGAAAAUAGGAAGACCAGCUAUCCUCGGGGCUAUCGCAGCUGUGGGUGCUAUUAAAACCGGUCACCCCAUUCGUCUUGUUCUUGACCGUGAAGAAGACAUGUUAAUAACUGGGGGAAGACACCCACUAUUUGGAAAAUAUAAAGUGGGAUUCAUGAAGGACGGGCGAAUCGAAGCUCUGGACAUUGAGUGCUUCAUUAACGGAGGGUGCACACCGGAAGACUCAGAGGCGGUAGCAGAAUUUCUUUUACUAAAGCUGGAAAAUGCAUAUAAAAUCCAAAACCUCAGGUUCCGGGGCCGUGCGUGCAUGACCAAUUUAGCAUCAAAUACGUCCUUUCGCGGAUUUGGCUUCCCACAAGGAAUCCUAGUAAUAGAAUCUUGCAUCACAGCUGUGGCAGCCAAAUGUGGUCUUCUGCCAGAAAAGGUUAGGGAGAAAAACAUGUACAAAACUGUUGACAAAGCCAUCUACAAACAAGAAUUCAACCCCGAGCCCCUGAUAAGAUGCUGGAACGAAUGUCUGGACAAGUCAUCCUUUCACAGCCGAAGAAUGCAAGUGGAAGAGUUCAAUAAGAAGAACUACUGGAAGAAGAAAGGCAUUGCUGUUAUCCCCAUGAAGUUUUCAGUCGGCUUCACCGCAACAAGCUAUCACCAGGCAGCUGCACUUGUCCAUAUCUACACAGACGGGUCUGUGUUGGUCACACAGGGAGGCAAUGAACUGGGACAAGGUAUUCACACCAAAAUCCUACAGGUGGCCAGCCGUGAAUUAAAAAUACCCAUGUCUUACAUACACAUCUCUGAAACAAGUACAGCCACAGUGCCUAACACAAUCACUACGGCAGCAUCCAUCGGUUCAGACGUCAAUGGCAGGGCCGUGCAGGAUGCUUGUCAGAUCCUUCUGAAACGCCUUGAGCCCAUCAUUAAGGAACAUCCAGAAGGCACAUGGGAAGACUGGAUAAAAACUGCUUUUGAACAAAGUAUCAGCCUUUCAGCCACAGGAUUCUUCAGGGGCUACAAGGCCUUCAUGGACUGGGAGAAGGGGGAGGGAGAACCGUUUCCUUACUACAUCUACGGAGCAGCCUGUUCCGAGGUUGAGAUUGACUGCCUGACAGGGGCUCACAAGAAAAUCAGAACAGACAUCGUCAUGGAAGCGUGUAGCAGCCUCAAUCCAGCCAUCGAUGUGGGGCAGGUGGAAGGCGCGUUUAUUCAGGGAAUGGGCCUUUAUACCACUGAGGAACUGAAAUACUCCCCGGAAGGCGUCCUGUACUCGCGAGGCCCAGACGAGUACAAAAUUCCAACCGUCACCGACAUCCCAGGGGAGUUCAAUGUCUCCCUGUUGCCAUCGUCACCAAACCCACUAACCAUCUAUUCCUCCAAGGGCCUGGGGGAGUCCGGAGUGGCCCUGGGGUCAUCUGUAUUCCUUGCCAUCGCCGAUGCUGUGGCCACAGCACGCAGAGAGAGAGACGUAGCCGAGGACUUCCCAGUGAAGAGCCCAGCAACUCCAGAAUGGGUUCGAAUGGCCUGUGCAGACCGGUUCACAGAGAUGAUCCCAAGAGAUGACCCCAAGACAUUGAAACCUUGGUCUAUCCCUGUGGCAUAACACUGCUGUCAUUUCUUUGAAAGGUACUUCAGUUACUUACUAGUGAAAAAAUAGCUUGUUAACCUAACUGGACUCUGCACUGUUAUUCUUACACUAUUGUGAAAAAAACAAUGACACAAAAUUUAGAACAUUAUUCAGAUCUGAUUAUACUAAGAAGAUGAGUCAUUAUUUACACAUGAUUAACUUAGACUUUCUAGCCUAGAGUCCACCAGACAGACCAUGCGAUGGUCACAGCAAUCAAGUUUAAUGCUAAGUUGUUUCUGACAAUAUCAGGUGAACAUUGCGUUAAAGGCAAACUUUUCCUUUGUGUCCAUCCAGUCUAACUGGGCUGGUAAUACAAGUUAUAAUCUAGAAUGAAAGACACUUCUCAGUAAAUAAAUGUGUAAUUACUUCUUCCAGGGAUGUGUUUGAUUCAGUGGCCACUGGUAGGGACACCACAGAGUGCUACAAGGUUUAGGUUUUAUUUUGUUUUUACUGUGGAUUGGCUAUGGGUCUCUGUGUUUGCAUUUGGCAGCAAAGAUGUGGUAUUUUCCUCAUGUAGAUCCGCUAUUCAACUGACUGGUAUUCUUUUGGAACUUAGAGGGCAAGCAAUGUAAAAUUGUUUUCAAUGUAGUAUCACAAACCCUUUCAUUUUUAAAUUUAUUUAUGAAAAAUACCUCAUCUAAUAUCAAAGUUUCCAAAAUAUUUCAUUGCUCAGUUUCCCAUAUAUUGGAGUGAGUAACACAGAGCAAAAAGUUAAAAGUUGUAAUUACGCCUAUGUUAAUAGUUGGAAACGUGCAGGAUCCACUAAAUUUUAUUGUGCAGUUUUAGUGGCCUUCAGAAAAGGAGAAACCAGCUUGACCAGAAAGUCAGGGAGUAAACUGACUCUCUGUCAGCCAGAAUUCACAUGAUCAGGCUCACCAAGCCUUUGACUGCAGUGACUCCUUGAAGUGAAUGAAGGGUAGGCUGAGCUGAGAGAGCUUGGUGAUUGGUGAGAGAAGGUAAACAUUAGACAAGUCGUACAGCCUGGAGGCUGAAGGUCACAGGAGGCACUGAGCCCAUCUGAUUGAAGUGGCUGGGACACAGCUGUCUACAGGCUCAUUCGCUGCCCUUGGAAGCUCCACUAGGCCACAGGAGCCCAGCAGAGACAAGACAGGAGCACAAAGAAAAAGGAAACAUUACCACAGAAGUCACUGGCAGGACAAAAUUUAUGCAAGAUUUUUGAACACGUGAGCAGAAGAGUUGGGAAACUUAGUGGGAGCA